AUGCAGAUGCAACAGGUUCAAUGCAACAAUGUGGCGAAACAUUCAUCAAUGCUUUCGACAAAGCAUCAAAAUUUAUGUCAAGCAUACGAAACUAUUAUCCGAUGUUGCGGAGAUGAUUGCAAUCGUCAAGAAUUAAUUAAAACACCUGAGAGAGCUGCACAAGCUAUGCUUUUCUUCACCAAAGGCUAUGAAGACAAUUUGGACGAUUUGAUUAAUGGAGCAGUAUUUAACGAAGAUCAUGAUGAUAUUGUGAUCGUCAAGGAUAUCGAGAUUUUUUCCAUUUGUGAACAUCACCUGGUACCUUUCAUUGGCAAGGCACAUAUUGGUUACAAACCGAAUAAGAAAAUUUUAGGUCUCAGCAAGAUCGCACGUAUUGUUGAAAUGUUCAGUAGACGUCUACAAGUGCAAGAACGAUUAACGAAGCAAAUAGCAAUAGCGUUAACUAAUGCGAUACAACCAUUUGGUGUUGGCGUUAUUAUAGAGGCUAGUCAUAUGUGUAUGGUUAUGCGUGGUAUCCAAAAAAUCAACGCAGUUACUAUUACCAGCUGUAUGCUAGAUGUUUUCCGGGAAGAUGCAAAAACGAAAGAAGAAUUUCUGAAAUUAAUUAAAAGUUAA